AUACCUAUCAUGAUUAAUUGGCCUCAUGGAGGUCGGACAGUAUAUCUUACAGGCACUUUUAAUAACUGGAAGCAAAAAGUUAAACUGUCGCGAAGCACGGAUGAGUUUUCUACAGUGGUUGAUAUGUCGCCUGGGACACACAGAUUUAAAUUCAUAGUUGAUGACGAGUGGAAGUGUUCCGAGGAUCUUCCCAUUACAUCUGGUCCUGAUGGAAAUUUAGUAAACUAUUUAGAAGUAAUCGAUGAAGAUGGCGAUCAGCAGGGGGAUGGACUAGAUGGGCUAUCAAAGCUUGGCGAUGAGUUGGAAGGAGACGCUCGACCAGAUUCGCCAAUUGAAUCAUACACUUCGGAAAUACCUGCUUACCUCCGCAAUAACCAACUCAAAUUGCAUCGUAAUAUUGUCGAGACACUGCCAUUUGAACCCCCUCCAAUGCUCCCAGCACAUCUUCAAAAAGUACUGCUUAAUUCAAAAAAUGUAUCUAACCAAGAUCCGUACAUCUUACCAGUUCCAACACAUGUAACACUGAACCAUUUGUAUGCAUGCUCGAUCCGUGAUGGUGUCAUGGCUAUUGGAUGCACAACACGAUACAAGAAAAAG